AUGGCCACCACAGGGGCUAAAGACUGGGAGGCUACAUGUGUUUUUCUGCACAGAGGUGACAGCGGUUCACAUGUCCUCUUCUACAGUGUACAACCAGUUUAUGGAGCGCAGCAUCCUCCUCUCGACCCACGGUUGCGACGCACGUAUCCCAAAGACACAAAGCCCAAGUUCAACAAUCCCAAGUCUAAAAAGGCCUCUAGCUUCCACGAGUUCGCCCGCAGUACCAAUGACGCUUGGGACAUCGACGAAGAGGAGGACGAGGAUUUUCUCGGGACCCCAGCCCAAACUUCCUCCCUAUCAUCAGGUCUCCACUCUUCGUCAACACAGAACCAGCAGAAUCAGGUCGGAGAUACAGAAACCAGGGUGUCACACAGUCCCGGGACAGAGGAUCAAGACCUCCAGGAUGUGGGGGAGGAGGACGCGGAGUGCGAGCACGUCAACGGCAAGGUUGUCAAUUCUAGCAGUGACGUCCACCUCAACACGUCCUCUGUUCGCUCCACACUGCAGAAGCAGCAGUCUCUCCCAGUUCGUCCCAUCAUCCCACUGGUGGCCCGCAUGUCGGACCAGAACGCGUCGGGAGCACCGCCCAUGACAGUGAGGGAGAAGAGCCGGCUGGACAAAUUCAAGCAGCUGCUGGCUAGUCCCAACACUGACCUAGAGGAACUCCGGAAGCACAGCUGGUCGGGCAUACCAAGAGAAGUCCGGCCAAUCACGUGGAGGCUUCUCUCUGGCUACCUGCCGGCCAACAAGGAGCGCAGAGAGCUGGUGCUAAAAAGGAAGCGAGAAGAAUACUUUGGCUUCAUAGAGCAGUAUUACCAUUCCAGAACAGACGAGCACUAUAAAGACACAUACAGACAGAUCCACAUCGACAUUCCAAGAACCAACCCUCUGAUUCCCUUGUUCCAGCAGCCCGUAGUACAAGAGGUGUUUGAGCGUAUCCUCUUUAUCUGGGCCAUCCGUCACCCAGCCAGCGGUUACGUCCAGGGAAUCAAUGAUCUGGUCACGCCCUUCUUUGUCGUCUUCCUCUCUGAGUUUGUCACAGAGGAUGUGGAGAACUUUGAGGUGGCAGCGCUGCCUCUGGACACCCAGAGAAACAUCGAAGCUGACAGCUUCUGGUGCAUGAGCAAGCUGCUGGAUGGAAUACAGGACAACUACACCUUUGCUCAGCCUGGAAUCCAGAACAAAGUGAAAGCUUUAGAGGAGCUGGUCAGCAGGAUAGAUGAGGACAUUCAUAAUCAUUUCAAGAGGUAUGAGGUGGAGUAUCUGCAGUUUGCUUUCCGGUGGAUGAACAAUCUGCUGAUGAGAGAGCUGCCGCUCCGUUGCACUAUUCGUCUCUGGGACACCUACCAGGCUGAAGCGGAGGGUUUCUCCCACUUCCACCUGUACGUCUGUUCUGCUUUCCUCAUUGAGUGGCGCAAAGAAAUCCUCUCCAUGGUUGACUUUCAGGGCCUUCUUAUGCUACUGCAGAACCUUCCCACAAUCCACUGGGGCAACGAGGAAGUGGGUCUCCUCCUGGCUGAAGCUUAUAGACUGAAGUACAUGUUUGCAGACGCACCCAGCCACUACAAGAGGUAGGUGCGAGGCCGCCUCCCAGCAAGCACAGUCCCCCCUGAGAUCAGACCAGACUGUGACUGGAGGGACCGCCAGUAUUCAAGACACUCCAGACGCCCAUGUCUUGUGUUUGAGGUGACCUGGAAGACACUGAAGCCACAAAACUUCUCCUGUGAAAAUGAAGUCCAGUGAAUGUCCCAGUGGAUUUGGGUUAAUGGUGCUCCCACAGAGCUCAGUGAAUAUGAGGCUAUUUGCAGUGGAUGGACUGCACUGUUUCAAUGGACUGUUACAGUAUGAACACAGCUAUGCCACCUUGGUUAACUUAUACUGGUUUGGUCAUGCAACAUUAAUUGUCUCUCAUGUGAAACGUACACUCGGAAGAACACGCUGUGGUAUAAACGGAAUGAUGAUUUUAGUGAAAGAUUGCUCCAACAGAUUAUAUUUUCUUGUUUUGAAGAUAUGUUUUGGUAUUUGUUUUAAAACUCCUAUACGUAAACCAGACAAAUACUUUAUUUUCUCUUUUAAAACCUACUUAGUCUGACACUGUCACCCUUAUGUUUUGGUCCAGGUUUACCAAAUUUGCACUGUACAAUCAACUUCUUGCUUUUGGGACUUCAGUGAGUCAGUUUGAUUGGUUGCCAGUAUGGAUAUUCUCAAUUGUAUUAGGUAUUAGACCUAAGAGUAGCAAAUAUUAGGUACUGUGUUUUAUUUCAAGUUGGGUUUUGUUUUACAAGUGGAGAAACUGAUUUGGUAUCAGUUGGCCUUGGUUAUCAUAAAUCAGCAUCUUCAAUCACAAUGAGGCUCUCGGGUGUAAUAUAUAUCACCACUGGUUCAAUUAGAGUUGUACUGCCUCUGAAUAGACAAGGAACGAUGGAGACCUUUUGGUUAAUGUAGCUUUGAAAUUCCUUGCUCAAUUAUUUUAUGUUGAAACUAACUGAGAUAAUUCUAAAUUUUAUUAUAUUUUUGACAGAAUACAAUUUUAGUUGGAGAUUGCUGCACAUAGUAUCACUGACACAAAUAGAGAUCAGUAACGGCUGGUCUGUUUUGUCCUGAGCUUUUUCAGACUUAUUUCUUAUUGAUUAAUGAUGUAAAUGAUCGUAUGAUCCUCUAUGAAGUAUCUAAUGAGAUAACUGUGGUUACUGUAAACCUGCAUAUGCAUAGAGGUAGUCAACAAUGUUUGAGAUCCUCAGUUGGGGAUCAUUUUAGCAAUUGUUUAUGGGGUUGGAGAUAUUUUUUUAUGGAGGAGAUGCCUUGUCAAUGCUUGUUCAGUACUGAAGGACAUUUAGCCCCACCAUCCUACUUGAGACGGUCCUGUGGACACAGUGCAGCUCACAAUGUUCUCCUGUCUUUUAGAGUGUACAGUAACACGGAUAAAUGCUUUGGUAUCAUUAAUGCUCAUGUUUUAUAUUUGUCUAAGGUUCACGUUAGGUUGCACUUGUAUCUGUGACCAUUCUGGCUGUGUGUGUGUGGGGGGGGCGGGGGCGGGGUGAAUAUGUGUGUUACUAUCUAGCUUCAUUACCAGUGAUAAUUAUAACACAACGUAUGUUUGAGAGAUAUGACAAUCAUUAGCCUAUGAUACUUUGAUUUCUCUACCAUACCUUUCUUUUCUUUGGUCAUUUUGAAGCAAAUGCUUUGUUAAGCUGUUGUCAAGUUUAAAAUCUGGAUUUCCUGUGCACUAGAUUUCCUGGAGAUUGUAGAAUACAACAAAUUGAAUGGAGAAACAUCUUUCAUGAUUAGUCUUAAUUCAUAUUCAGGAAUUAUUAAAUCCUUAUGAAAUAUGGGGAUUCAACCAUAGCUUGAGGUCUAUGUUACUUCAUGGCAUAUGAAGUGCUCCUGAAGUCACCAUGGUACUUAAUGAGUCUAUGAAAGGGAUCCUUUUAUUGCUGGAAAAACACGGCUCUAUACUUAUUUGUGGUUUAUUCAUUGCCUGUUUUUUGCUUUAAGCCAGCUAUAAUCUUGUGUUCAUCAACCUUGUUUUACCCAUCUAAAACAUGUUGAAUGUUUUGUGAGUGUCGUUGUUGAAUAUAUGCCUUUAGCCUUAAAGUAGUUUCUUUUUUUCAUUCAGGUGCGCCAACUGAUUGUUCACUCCAUGCUGUUUUUAUCUAAAGGUCAUUAUGUCCUCACAAUGUGAUGUUGAUAACUAAAGGCUGACAAAAUAAAACCUUUGUUUCAGAGCUGUUUAUGCUGUCUCAACAAUAAUAUGCCAAAUCUUUAUUGGGUUUCAGUAAUCAGGGCUGGUUUGAAUGAAGAAACGUAAAAAACUUACAGUACACCUGCUGUCUUAUCUUUUUGUUCAUAUUAAAUGAUUGUUAUUCUUGAUUUUGGCAUUAGUGGGUGUGGUGGGUUAUUAUUGUCUUGAUCCAAUAUGUCUUCUGUUGUGUUUUCAUGUAUUAAAGGUGAUAUAAUGUAAAAACAAAGUAGCUAUGUUUUGAUAGCAACACAUUGGUAGCUGACUCAAAAGUAACGUUACUGUCGAAGCUCAAACGGUGUUUUGAAUUGGGGCAAGUGACGCGCCGGAAGUGAUGCUGACAACACAGAAGUAACGUGAACGUAACAUAAACUUCGGUUUCACUUUUUGCAGCCAUGUCAGUGUUGUUUUCGGCUACGAAACCUGAUGCUAAC